GCUUCGAAUAUCCAUUGCUGCUGCACACAUCACACACGACAAUGAUGUUCACCCUUCGUUCAGCAGCCGCAAAUGCGGCGCGUCCUUCGUGGUGUUCGCGCGCCCAAUGGCACUCUUCAAGAGCUUUUUCCUUGUCGGCGCAACAACGACAGGCGUCACACACCGAUGCCGAAGGCCUGAACCAUGUUUCCAAACACAUCACUCAACCCAAGUCGCAGGGUGCUUCUCAGGCCAUGCUUUACGCCACCGGAAUGACAGAGGCCGACAUGAACAAGGCCCAGGUCGGAGUCUCCUCGGUGUGGUACAGCGGCAACCCAUGCAACCAGCAUCUCCUUCAGCUCAACCACAAGAUCACCGAGUCUGUGAACCAGGCCGGUUUGAAGGGUAUGCAGUUCAACACUAUCGGUGUGAGCGACGGUAUCAGCAUGGGAACAAAAGGCAUGCGCUAUUCGUUACAAAGCCGAGAUUUGAUUGCCGACUCCAUUGAGACCGUCAUGGGAGGUCAGUGGUACGACGCCAAUGUCAGCAUUCCAGGAUGUGACAAGAACAUGCCCGGUGUCAUCAUGGCCAUGGGUCGCGUGAACCGUCCCAGUUUGAUGGUGUACGGAGGUACCAUUUCACCGGGUUGUGGUAAAGAGCCGCGGAACAACAAAUUGGAUAUCGUCUCCGCCUUUCAAGCGUAUGGUCAAUUCUUGACUGGUGAAAUCUCCGAAGACGAGCGUUUCGAUAUCAUCCGUCACGCGUGCCCUGGUAGCGGAGCAUGCGGUGGCAUGUACACGGCAAACACACUCGCCUCUGUCAUUGAAGUAAUGGGCAUGUCAUUGCCCGGCUCUUCAUCGAACCCGGCGACGAGCAAGGCGAAACAGUUGGAGUGUAUGGCUGUUGGACCGGCGGUCCGCAAUCUCUUGAAGGAGGACAUCCGUCCUUCAGACAUUCUGACCCGGAAGGCUUUUGAGAACGCCAUGAUCCUUGUCAACAUCACUGGUGGUUCGACCAACGCCGUUCUGCACUUGAUUGCAAUCGCUCACAGUGUUGGCAUCGAGCUCACGUUGGACGAUUUCCAGGCUGUGACCGACCGUACCCCCUUCCUGGCUGACCUGAAGCCUUCUGGCAAAUACGUAUUCGAGGAUCUGUACAACAUUGGAGGCACACCUAGCUUGAUCAAAUUCCUCCUCAAGGAGGGCAUUCUGGACGGCUCCACUUUGACUGUCACUGGCCGCACUCUCAAGCAGAACGUUGAGAACUGCCCCGACUUCCCUGCAGAUCAAGACAUCAUUCGACCGAUUUCUAACCCCAUCAAAUCCACUGGCCACAUCCAGAUCCUCCGUGGAUCCCUCGCCCCAGGUGGCAGUGUUGGAAAGAUCACUGGCAAGGAAGGAACUGUUUUCACCGGCAAGGCUCGUUGCUUUGACGCUGAGGACGAUUUUAUUGCCGCACUCGAGCGCAACGAGAUCCCCAAGGGCGAGAAGACCGUUGUCAUCAUCCGUUACGAAGGACCUAAAGGUGGACCGGGUAUGCCUGAGAUGUUGAAGCCUUCGUCUGCCAUCAUGGGAGCCGGUCUUGGCAACGAUGUCGCCUUGCUCACCGAUGGACGAUUCUCUGGCGGCAGCCACGGUUUCCUCAUCGGUCACAUCACGCCCGAGGCUCAAGAGGGAGGUCCCAUCGGCCUUGUUCGCGACGGCGACACCAUCACAAUUGACGCUGAGAAGCGCGUCAUUGACAUCGUUGACUCAACACCCGAAGAGCUCGAGAAGCGCAAGAAGGAAUUCGUUGCACCGCCAUUGAAGUACACCAAGGGCACGCUUUACAAGUACGCAAAGGUUGUCCAGGAUGCUAGCCACGGCUGCAUCACUGACGCAUAGACGACGUCAGUCGAAUGGAGGAUCAUCUAGAGAACACGGCGCAUUGGGAUACAUUCUGCCGACUCUCUCGUCUUUGUGUCAUUGUUUGUAACUUUAUCAGAAAGGCUUGAUAACCUGGUGGCUUGGACUUUUUUUCAUGUACAUGUAUCAACCUUUCGAGGGAUCCUCGGGUCGAUAGCGGGCAGAGCUGUAUUCUUUCUGAUCGAAAUUGUAUUGACACAUCUGACUAUUCAAGCGAGCACUGAAUCGAAGGAUCCAAAAUAAAUGUCGCGUCGACU